AUGGCGACAUCGGAACCGGUAAGUAGAGCAAGAAAAGCCCCCGAAACUGAAGAGCCGCAACCUGACAGCCAAGUCGCAAACCAAGAACAGUACAUCAAACACCCCUUGCAAAACAAAUGGGCCCUGUGGUAUUUCAAAAAUGACAAAAGCAAAAGCUGGACAGAGAACUUGCGUCUCAUUUCCAAAUUUGACACAGUGGAAGACUUCUGGGCAUUAUACAACCACAUACAGCAGCCCAGCAAGCUCCCCGUAGGUUGCGAUUAUUGCUUGUUCAAGGACGGCAUCAAGCCCAUGUGGGAGGACACCCGCAACAAACUUGGGGGACGGUGGCUGAUGACGCUCAACAGAGUGCAGCGGCACAACGACCUCGAUCGCUACUGGAUGGAAACGCUCCUGUGUUUGGUGGGCGAGUCAUUCGACGAGGCCAGCGACGACGUGUGCGGCGCCGUAGUCAACGUCAGGCACAAAGCUGACAAAAUCGCCAUCUGGACCAGCAACUGCCAAAACAGGGACGCCAUCAUGACGAUAGGGCAAACUUAUAAGGACAUUCUGAGCAUCCCCAGCAAAGCCAUGCUGGGCUACCAGUCGCACGAUGACACGUCCAGCAAGAGCGGCUCCACCACCAAGAACAUGUACUCCGUUUGA